CCGCAUUUUUAGAUAUUGUCAGUAUAUUAGAUACUUUAUACGUAGUAGAACCAAAUAGGUUUACCUCUAGAACUUUAAAUUUAGUUGUUUGUGUAGCAAUGUCUUGUGUGAUAACUUUAGAUAGAGAAAUUAUAAAAGCAUAUUCAAGACGACAAGCAGCUGACAAAGAUGUUCCUGUCAUAUUAGAUAAUGAACCUGGUUUUUGUAGUAGAGACAAAUUGAUACCAAAAAGAGUUUUAAUGGAGAAUGAUAUAGAUCCGGCAUAUGCUAUUGAAUCAGAAUCGGUCAGCUACACACAGAUGCUAUGCUUAAUUGUUAAUGCUUUAGACUCUUCAGAAUCACACUACACUCUUCGUCAGGCGAAUA